GAGUUGUGCCCUAGAGGGGUCGUUGUGAACUACGCCAAAACAGUGGAUGUGACAAUUCCACAGUUAAAUGAGGAGGGUGAUGUCGUCGAAGAGCAGAGCCACAAAUGGCAAGGUAACAAGAAGGAAGAGGGAAACAACUUGCAGGCAGCCUAUCAUGGUCUGAAAACCAACACAAUCCUGCUGGAAGAGAGAAAUGUCUUCUGUGGGUCCUACAAUAUUCAUAUCCUCAUGGACCAGUCAGACCGAAGCAGAAAAGUCCAUUACAGUGGUGGAAACUUGGUAGCCAUUGGCUCUGUAGACCACAACGUGAGGCUCCUUGAUAUGUCAAGAAUGAAAGAAAUGCCCCUCCUGCUUUCUGGCCAUGCUGGGAGCGUCAAAGCACUCUUCCUGGAUGAGAAGAGAGGGUUCGUUCUCAGUGGAAGCUUUGAUCUCAGCAUCAGAUGCUGGGAUAUACACAGUGGUGCUUGUGUGAAAAUCUUUAACGGUCACUGUGGGACAAUCACCUGCUUGGAUUUACACAAAGAGCAGUUUGUGUCGGGAGGCAGAGAUGGGCUGGUGAAAGUGUGGAACCUGGUAAGUGGGAAAUGUCUCAAGACACUGAAGCACCGUGGUGUUGUUCAGACUGUUAAAAUGAACGGCACCCACGUCGUCAGCGGGUCUGACCAAGGGCUGGUGAAAAUCUGGUGUGCUGCGACAGGCACCCUGGUCAAAAUACUUGAAGGGCACCAAGGCCCAGUGAAGUGCUUGUGUUUUGAUCGGUGGCACCUAGUCACGGGAAGCACCGAUGGAUAUGUCCUGGCAUGGAGCAUGUUGGGAAACCUUAAGAGAUGCCUGAUAGCUUUCCAUCACCCUAAGAAAGUUCUGUCUCUGGAGUUCCUCUGUCUCAGAGUCAUCAGCGGCUGUGCUGACGGCAAGAUUCGGAUAUUUAACUUCUUAACUGGAAGCUGCCUGAGAGUGCUGCUGGCCAGUAGCAGUGGGAACCCCAUAUCUUCUUUCUAUGUUGCAGGAAACAGGAUGGUGGUCAAUUCACCAACUACUCUGUUGAUGUUCCAGUUCGAGGAGAUCAAGUGGGACUAUACCUUAGGUGCUGACAGAGAGAUGAUGGGGAAGAAAAACUGGUGCAAGAGGACUUGCAGAAGAGCAGAGCUUCACCCCUGUCGACUCGCUCGGGAGGUGCAAGAUGCUGACCAGCUGGAGCUGCCCUGCUGGACCUGCCGCUGCUCACCGAAAAGCUGUGGAACAUCUCCAGAGGAUCAGGCAGUCCAGCUCCAGCAGGUGAGUUUAUACAGUGAUUCCCUGACCAUGAAGAGAAUUUCCGUGCCCUUCGAAACCAAAAUGCUGCGGUUCAAGCUGAAAAACUCUUUGCACGGCCCUGCUGUGAACUCCUCCAUCCCCGCUCCUGCUGUCAUGCGGCCCAAGACUUGUGGUUUGCCGCGACAAAAGGAAGCUGGCGGUGGUCGAGACCCUUCCCGGGGUGACAGCAGGUUCAAGCUUCUGAUGGGAAAAUGGAAGGAGGAGUAUGAGGCAGCUCCUGCAGCUCAGUACUGGGCACACCAGGUAAAGCUCAGAGAAGAUCAGCAAAAAGCACGCAAAAAAGCCUGGUUAAGGAAAAGUAAAGGCCUGCCUACAGACUCUUUUACUGAGGAGGGGAAAACACCCGCUCCUGAACUUGGGUUUAAUACAUUUAUCUGA